UUUCGCUCCGCUGCAGUUUUUACAACUGUUGAGCUUUCAAGGGUAACCGGAGCAGCCCAGACCGGCCAACCCCGGCAGCUGCCCAUGAGGGGACGCGGCUCUACCUUCCCCGUCUCCCCCCCUUCGCCAGCCCCACGGACCCCCGGGGACGCCGGGCAAGGAGGAGACCUGCGUGAAGCCGCCGAGCUCCGGGCCAUGCAUUCCCACCGAAAAUAAUCAUCAGUCUUUGCAAGAAGUGCCGUGUGCUGGAUCCUGCAGGAUAAUUUUUGGUUUUGGUUUUUUUUCUUUUUUUUUUUUUUAAUUUUUUUCCCCUCCCUCCCUCUUCCAUCCCGCCCCCAUCCCUCUCUCCGGCCGGGCCCACGGGUGCUGUGCUUCAUUUCUGGGAAACCAUGGACAAGAAGCAAGAUUCCAAAGGAUCCUUGGAGCCGCACAAACCGGUGAAAAGCAAGAAGAAACGGGAGCUGAGGAUAACAUGUGUCCCCAUCAAACAGCCCGUUGCCAACACAACGCCCCCGAGGAACUUGGACUCCAGAGCGUUCAUUACCAUCGGAGAUAAAAACUUCGAGGUGGAAGCUGAUGACCUGGUGGCAAUUUCAGAGCUAGGCCGUGGGGCCUAUGGCGUGGUGGAGAAAGUCCGGCACGCGCAGAGCGGCACCAUCAUGGCCGUGAAGAGGAUUCGGGCGACUGUAAACACUCAGGAGCAGAAGAGAUUAUUGAUGGACUUGGACAUCUCCAUGAGGACAGUUGACUGCUUCUACACUGUCACCUUCUAUGGAGCCCUCUUCCGUGAGGGCGACGUGUGGAUCUGCAUGGAGCUCAUGGACACCUCCCUAGAUAAAUUCUACAAGAAAGUACUGGAGAAGAAGAAAACCAUCCCUGAAGACAUUUUGGGGAAAAUGGCUGUGUCUAUUGUACGGGCUCUGGAGCAUCUCCACAGUAAACUGUCCGUGAUCCAUAGAGAUGUGAAACCGUCCAAUGUGCUGAUCAACAAGGAGGGACAUGUGAAAAUGUGUGAUUUUGGGAUCAGUGGCUACCUGGUGGACUCGGUUGCGAAGACCAUGGAUGCUGGCUGCAAGCCCUACAUGGCUCCCGAAAGAAUAAACCCUGAGCUGAACCAGAAGGGCUACAACGUGAAGUCGGACGUCUGGAGUCUGGGGAUCACAAUGAUUGAACUGGCCAUUCUUCGCUUCCCGUACGAGUCCUGGGGGACCCCCUUCCAACAGCUCAAGCAAGUGGUGGAGGAGCCUUCGCCCCAGCUGCCCACCGAUCGCUUCUCCAAGGAGUUUGUGGACUUCACGGCCCAGUGCUUAAGGAAGAACCCUGCUGAGCGAAUGAACUAUUUAGAACUUAUGGAACACCCUUUCUUUACUUUGCACGACACCAAAGAGACUGACAUGGCCUCCUUCGUGACAGAGAUCCUCGGGGAAGAUUCCUAACUCCUCACGGCUUCGUGCAGUCCCCUCCAUCCUGGCUUCCCCGCAGAAGAGCGAAUGAGGACUCGAGUCAAUGGUGGUUUGCACAAAUCACACCUCCCCAACCUGUGGGCAUCUCUGGCCCCAUCUGGCCUCGCAAUCUCUUUUCUCUUUGCCCUGUAAAUGAAAUCCCCCCCAGGAUGAGCGUUUUGAAGCCAACACCUUUCCAGCUCAGCCAUGGAGACCGAAGGCUCGGGACACCAGCGUAUCCCUCCUGGGGAGAGGACCCUGCCUGAGGUGCCUGAGCAGGGCCAGGGCAGAGGGUGCCCGGGGGCAUCUCCCUUCCUCUGCCCUCCCCUGCCCAGCACAGGGGUUUGUGUUUCUUUGCUGCCUGGGGAAGGCACAGAGAAGAAAUGCUGCUGCGCUUGCCCCACUCUUCUCCCCUCCUGCCCAAAGCCCCUUCCCUGGCGUCUGGUCUCGCUCACCUUCCCUUUGUGCCUGGUUUUCCUGCCCCCAGGAGCCUACAGAGCUUUUUGGGGGGCUGUGGGGCUCCCUGGGCAUGCUGCUGUUCAAACCAGAGGCUGCUUCAAUGCCUGGCUCGACAUCUUAAUGACCCUUUGAGGCAGCACCAGAGCGGGCAUCCCCCUCCCUCAAUCGAUGCGCCACUUCUUUGGGGGGAAGAAAAAGAAAAUAAAA